ACCUCUUAAAACGUGUAAGCAACGCUUGCUCUGUUUUCGUUACAGAGAAAAAAAAUGAUGAAAAAUGGAAACUGGGUGGUUCUAUCUCUAAUUUUCUUGUUUCUCUUUUGUGGGUUGUCUUCAGUUUCAGCUAAGCCUCCUCCUGUUAAGAUCGUAAGUGGACUUGUGACAAAUGUAGCAUCACUGCUGUGGAAGUGGUUGUGGUCUCUUCAGACCUCCACGACCACAACAGCCAUCACCAAAUCUGGUAAGACGACCAACAACAAAAUAGGUGUUUCUAGCCGUUCGAUGGUGAAAUAUGAAAGUGGAUAUAACAUAGAGACAGUGUUUGAUGGAAGUAAGCUUGGGAUUGAGCCCUAUGCGAUUGAAGUUUCCCCUGAUGGAGAAGAGCUUAUUGUCCUGGAUUCUGAGAACAGUAACAUCCACAAAAUUUCCAUGCCUCUUUCUAGAUAUGCUAAACCAAAGCUAGUAUCUGGUUCACAAGAAGGCUACACAGGACACGUCGACGGAAAGCUCAAAGAAGCCAAAAUGAAUCGUCCUCGAGGAUUAGCCAUCGACGACGGUGGAAACAUCUACGUUGCCGAUACUAAUAAUAUGGCCAUACGCAAGAUCAGCGACGAAGGAGUCUCAACCAUCGCUGCUGGAGGAAGAUUCUCUGAUGACUUUGAUUUGAUCUACGUCUCUUCAAUCUGCUCUCUUCUAGUCAUUGAUCGUGGAAAUCAAGUGAUUAGAGAGAUUCAGCUUCACGAUCAUGACUGUUCUCAUCACGAACCAGAACCCGAACCCGAAACAAAUCUCCAUCUUGGAACUGCUUUGCUCGUUGCUGCUGCAUUUUUUGGAUAUAUGUUUGCGUUAUUAGUACGUAGAGUACGAUCAUUGUUCUCUUCGUUUCGUCAUGAUAAUAAGAGGCAUGUAGCAAAACCGAACAUGACAAUGGCUCCAUAUCAACGUUAUCCUAGACCGGUUAGACAGCCAUUAAUUCCACCUCAACAUGAACCGGAAAAUGAAGAAGGAUUUCUCGGUUCUCUUGGAAAGCUUGUGGUGAAAACCGGUUCUUCGGUUUCUGAAAUUAUGACCGGACCAAGGAAAGUUACUCCCCAAGAUUUCCACUACCACCAUCCGCAACAGUCGAACCAGUGGCCGGUACAAGAGAGCUUUGCUAUACCGGAAGAAGAUGGACCACCGGCUUUAGAACCGAGAUCAGGUACAAAUCAGGAUAAACCCUACCUUAGAGCACAAGGAACAAACCAAAACCGGUCUUAUUACCAAGAUUGUGACCAAUACCAAAACCAGCAGAAACGAAAAGUGAACGGUACCGAAGAUAACCGAGAGAACGAGAUUGUGUUUGGGGCAGUUCAGGAGCAAGACGGCCGCCGAGAAGCUAUGGUGAUCAAAGCUGUUGAUUUCAAGGAAGCAAUGAACGAUCAGCGAAAUCUACGGCCUAGAAUUAACUACAUGGGAUAUUCUUCUCAUGUUUACUGAUUACAAAAUCAAAUUUUCAUCAGUUACUUAGAGUGUGUGUACUAUACUCAGGGGCGGUCCUGAGCACAGCAAGGUGAAACAUUGGACUAUGGCCCCCAAUUUUUUUUAAAAUA